GCGAUAGUUUCGUGGCCCGCCCCUCCAUCUGCCAGGCCUGCGGCGGCCGUUCAACUUCCUUUCCUCGUCAGUUUCAAGAGCCGAAGAUGGCUGCUGUCGGCACGCUGGGAAGGUCACUGAAACCCUUGCUCGGUCGACCUGGUGCCUUUCCAUGGAGGGCGUGCGCGGCUGCCGGAAGGGCUCUUCAGGUCGUUGCACCGGCGGCCUGGAAGAAGGCUGAAGCUCCCGCAACGCCGCCUUUCCUUCGGCUUCACUUCAGUACUAGUUCUUCAAGGUUUGUUCCUGCUGUCACCCAGCAUGCUCCUUAUUUUAAAGGCACAGCUGUGGUUAACGGAGAGUUCAAAGAACUAAGUUUAGAUGAUUUUAAAGGGAAGUAUCUGGUCCUGUUCUUCUACCCUUUGGAUUUCACCUUCGUAUGCCCGACAGAAAUUAUUGCUUUCAGUGACAAAGCUAAUGAAUUCCAUGAUGUGAAUUGUGAAGUUGUUGCUGUAUCAGUGGAUUCUCACUUUUGCCACCUUGCCUGGAUAAAUACACCGCGAAAGAAUGGUGGAUUGGGCCAUAUGAAUAUCUCUCUUCUAUCAGAUUUAACAAAGCAAAUUGCUCGAGAUUAUGGUGUACUCUUGGAAGCAUCUGGUCUUGCAUUAAGGGGUCUUUUUAUCAUUGAUCCCAAUGGAAUUAUCAAGCAUUUGAGCAUCAAUGACCUUCCAGUUGGUCGUAGUGUAGAAGAAACACUUCGCUUGGUGAAGGCGUUCCAGUAUGUAGAAACACAUGGAGAAGUCUGCCCAGCAAACUGGACUCCAAACUCCCCCACGAUCAAGCCUAGCCCAGAAGCUUCAAAGGCAUAUUUUGAAAAAGUACAUCAAUAAGUUAAGGGAGGUAAGGGAUUAGUGGAAUAUUGUUGGCCCAAAUCAGAAAUGGAUUUUCAAAGAGAGCAGCCAGGAUUGUAAUACAAAUGCAAAAUUGUUAUUACUUGUUGUAGAGAAAAGUCUAUAUUUUAAAGGAUCCCCCACCAUAAAAUGAGUGAUAAGUGACUGUUGUCCCAGGUGCAUUUAAGUGGUAGUGUUACGUCUUUUAACUUGUAACAGCACUAAGAGAAAAGACUUCUUUUUAAUAAUUGUCUGGUGAUUAAUUAUGCUUAUGUAUGGAACACAUUGAUAGUUUGGGAUCGUACUUGGAAGAAAUGUACAUAAAUUUCUCUUGGUUGGUUAGCUUUAGGCUCUAGAAAACAACAUAUGAGAAAACAAAAACAGCUUUAACAAAUAAACUUUGUAUUUACCAUCUUCCUGCUCUGCUGAAAGAUUAAGAGUCAAUUCACACAGGCCCUCAACAGUUAGAUUUGAGCGCCCUGCAUUCCCUUAUAUGAAAUAUGUGAUUUGCUGUCCGGCCUGUAUUUUUCUGUAUGAGGCUACUACCUUCUGUUGAUCUACGCCUUUUUUGCCCUGUGUAGGGGAGACAUACUUGUGUUUAGAUACAUGCUUCUAGAUCCAAACUCAAUAAAUAUUCUAUAAAUGGGGUGUGUAUAUAUGCACGUGGUUCUUCUGUAGCCUACUUCAUGUAGAGCCAUGUGAACUGGAGUAGCAGCAAAGUCUUCUGAAAUCUACAGUCAGCCAGCAUAUGCAGGAUAUUGAAUGUAAUGGAAUGCUUGUGGGGGGGAAAUGAAGGAUUAAUGCAUUUAUUUUUAUAAAGUAACUAUAAGGAUGUGAACUAGAACUUCAGCUGUUAGUACUACUCAACAGUGACUUUUAUGCUCUUAGUAAAUGUUACGAUUGAUACUGACUUUUGAUGCUUUGGAUACGUACUGUCAACCGUGGUUACCAUGGAUUGUUUUAAUUAUGUGGAAGAUACAUUGAUGAAUCUGUCUGUGAAUUAACAGCUUAUUUCCAAAAUGAUUUUGAACAUCUGCCUUAAGCUAUGCAACUAUGAAUAAAAAGCUUAAAAACUG